AUGUAGGAAGAUAUUAUGGUUAAUGAAUGUCAUUGCUUCAGUGAGAUUUAUUCCUUUCUUUUUUGGUCUGACCAAACCCUAAUUUCUCACCCCAAUGGAGCUUCCUACAACCAACGACAACGACAAUGACAAUGGCGAAGUCUUCUUCGAAGCACUCGACGACUUCCACGUACCCUUCUACGAUUGCCCCGAUUCCUUCUCCGACCAAUCAGAGUCCUCGUCAUCUUCCGUACUCUAUACCCCUGUUCCCAAAUCCCCAUUGGAGGCUUCUUCUCCGGCCGUCACUAUCCGGCGACGCCGCUCGUCUUCUCGAAGAAUCUCCCAUAACGAUUCGAGUUUGGAUAAGUCCUCGAUAUCGGAAAUCGAUUCAAUUGAGGGUAGUACGAAGUGGAGCUCCAAGGGAAAAGUGUGUGAAAUUGGCGGGAAUUUGAAGGAGAAUGGCGAAAAGUUGGAUUUGAAUAAGGAACCUUUCAGCUUGUUGAGUGAUCAAAGUAACGGGCUUUCGACUGUAUCCGCGGCGAGUGAAUUCCCGGUUGUUGAUUCGAUCAAUUCGGAUGCAGAACUCGAUGGUUCUUCCUCUAACUUGCUUAUUUUUGUAGCUGGGUUUGUGAUUAAGGCUAUUGGAUUUCAAUUUCAUUUAUUUAUUAAAUUUGUAAGUUUUCCCAUUUGCGUUUUGUAUACCGCUUACAUGUUUGUUAUUGACCCCUUUUACACAAUGAGGCGUGGUAGAGAGUAUUUUAUUGGAAAAGUGGUGAAAUUGUGGGACUUGGUACUUGGGUUCGCAAGUCCAUAUGUAUUGGAUUGGUUGAAAGAUAACAAGUCGAUUGAGAAGGUGGCAUCGCGUUGGUUUUGGGGUUCUCUUUGGGCAAUUUAUGUUUGUUUCAUUCUAUGCUGUCUUCUGUUUUUGUCAAGUUUGUUCAGUGGGUUGAUAAUGAGGUAUUUCGUUGAGAAACCCGUUCAUAUGAAGGAAGUCUUGAACUUUGAUUUCACUAAGCAUCGUCCGGUUGCUUUCAUGCCCAUUGUAUCUUGUGUCAAUGCCGGUUGUGGUAUGGACUGUGAAGAACAGAUCGAAGCUCGGAAGAAAAUGGGUUUUCGGGUUAUCCCCGUUGGUCACAAAUUGCAGGCUAGUGUUUCAAUGACAUUGCCCGAGUCAGAGUACAACAGAAAUCUUGGCAUCUUUCAGGUGAGGCUAGAGUUCCUCUCUGUCAAAGGUGAAACUCUUUCAAGUUCCAGCCAUCCUUGCAUGUUACAAUUCAAAAGCGAACCUAUUCGCUUUUUAUGGACGUUCCUCAAGGCUGUCCCUCUAGUUGCUGGUUAUGUAUCAGAAUCUCAAACUCUUAAUGUUAAGUAUAAAGGUUUUACCGAAGGAAAUGUUCCUACUGGAUGCUUAAGGGUGACAAUUGAACAACGAGCAGAAUACCGGGCUGGUGCUGGUAUUCCUGAAAUUUAUGAUGCUUCCCUUGUCCUUGAGUCUGAACUUCCCCUGUUGAAAAGAUUAUUGUGGCGUUGGAAGAUAUCCAUAUUCAUAUGGAUCACUAUGACAUUGUUUUUUAUGGAGUUGUUGUGUGCUCUAGUCUGUUGUAAUCGUAUCAUUAUGCCUAGACCAGGACCGAGACCAAGGGAUAGUUCUAUUAGCAGCGGUGCUACUCAAAACAACCCUUCUACAAGAAGUGGCCGUGGCGGGUUGUACAGAUCUGCACCAUUGGAUGCUGUUGAUGCCGCAACAGAUCAAUAUAGGCAUGUCAUCCCAACUCUUUCUUUUCUUUUAUUUACAUUUCCAACACUCGUAUAAUCUUGUUCAGUUAUUAUGUACAUACCUACGAAAAUAUUAUGAUAAAUGAUAAGUUGGAAAGAAAGUGAUUCUCCUCCUGCUGUCACCCACUUAUGCUGGCUUUCUUGGUUUGUAUUGUUUCGUUGAAGAACUUCAGGAGUGAAAAAAUCAUGGGAAUAAUAUUUGAAAAUGACACGUUUGACUGUAAAUAUUUGAAAAAAUCUAGUUGUCUUUUGUUGAAAGUUAAAUUAUGGGAAUUAAAGACAUUUUAACGAGCUGUUUCUAAAAACAAAAAAAGUUUGACCGAGUUGACUAGCAGUGGAAUAUCUACAUCAAUAGUGAACGUGUACUCUGUACUGCUCUGGUUCUUAUUUUGAGCAUUAAGGAAUUUUCUGAGCUGAAAACAGAAGAUAAGUGCAGCAAGAAAGGUGGUGUCCAUAGCAGGACACACUGCAUACCCUAUGCUUACUUUCACCAUUUGAUCUGAAGGUUGAUCUCUACUUCUUAAGGCCUUUCAAAUAGCUUCAAAGUGAAUGAAUAUGGUUUGUCAGAUAUGUAAACAUGCUUACUCUGCUCUUGCAGACUCCAACCAUUAAUCAUUGAAAUGCUUGUAAAAGAUUUCUCAGAUCUGUCAAAGGCACUCCUGCACUUAGUUUGCAUUUCAGACCGGCUUCUUUAUUAACCUUGGAAACGUUCUCAGAUGCAGACUGGGCUACAAAGUUGGAUGAUAGAAAAUCAUCUAGUGGUAUUUGUAUGUUUCUUGGUGGAAAUCUGACUAAUUGGUGUUCAAGAAGGCAAGAAGCAUUAGUUUGAUCGUGUGCACAGUCGGGAUAUCGAGCACUUGCCUCAAUUUGUACUGAAUUAGUACGGUUACACAUUCCUUGUUGACAGAAUUUAGAAUCAAAGUACAUCAAACUUCACCAACUCUCUGGUGUGAUAAUCAAGAAGGUCUAAACCCUACCUCUUUGAUUUGCAAGGUUUCAGUUUCUCUGUCACAAGCUUACUUUGGAAAAUUCACUUACAACUUGAGGGCUGUGGAAGUCAGUUACCAAAUAAACAGUUUUAUCUGUUAUUUCUGUUACUUAGUCUUUUUAACUUGUGUAUAAAAAAGUGUCACAUCUCUUAAUUUAAUUACUUACCGAUGAUUAUUGUAAUCAAGAGCAUGAAAAGCUCCAAGAAAACUUUGAGUGUGGUGUGUGAAUACUAGAGUGUUGUGAGCUCUGGGGUUUCAUUGUACAGGGAAGUGAGAACUUUGUAGAAGAGGCUGACAGUGACACCAUUGUUUUGUACCACCAUUUUCUUAGAUUAGUGCAGGGAAGGGGAGUUUUUUA